AUGAUUAGCGGCAGUAGCCCAUCAUCAAGCACAGAAGAUGAUCCUAAUGUGAAUCUGUUGCUUAGUACAUUGUCUUCUUCUUCUGGAAGUCAAACCAGCAGAUUCCAACAAUCAUCUUCUUGUUCUCCUGAAGACUUGAUCAUGUAUUCUUCUUCGUCGCCUACUAAAAGGCCUACCUUCAGCCAGAUUUACCCUACCAUUAACAUCUCCAACUUCAGUAGUUGUAGCCAAACAACACCUUUGGCAAAUUCAUCUUGCUCUUUUGAUGCCACCUUAAAUCCGGCAAGGUCCUUGCAAGAUCAUCAUCAGAAGACGGCGGCCUUUGACAAUGGAGCUGGAGAAGAAAAAAGUACAAGCAGUAACAAUUUGGAGCUGAAACCAACCCAGCAACAAGCAACAAAGCGACCAAAAUUAGAAUCGAAAUGUCCAUCCUGUCCACCCUUUAAGGUUAGAAAAGAGAAAUUGGGAGAUAAAAUUGCAGCUCUUCAACAGCUAGUAGCACCCUUCGGCAAGACUGACACAGCAUCCGUACUAAUGGAGGCCUUCGGAUACAUCAAAUUCCUUCAAAAUCAAGCCGAGACUCUAAGCCUUCCUUAUCUGCAACCCUCAAGAAUCAAAACUAAUAAUGUAGCAAUCGAUAGGGGUCCAGAGAAGGUGGAUGGAGGCGAAAGAAAACAAGAUCUUAGAAGCCUCGGGUUGUGCUUGGUGCCUAUGUCAUGCUUGUCUUUUAUGACUGAUGCCGGCGGAAGCGUUUGGUCACCGCCGAACUUAGGCAGUGCCACUUAA